CUUUUCUCUUUGAAAAUUUUUAAUAUGGCGGACGCAUUGACCGCCGUGCGGACGUCUGGAUUUUUUGUCAUUACGAAAUAAGAAUUUCGAGUAAUAUUUAUUGUGCUUGUGAACAAAUUUGUGAAGUAAAACUAGUGUGAGCUAUUUCUCAUCACCCACCACAUUUGCAAAGUGAUCCCAAAACGCUGAAUCAGCUAUAAAAAUGUCUAAACGCGCUCGCUUCGGUGAGGAUGAGGACAAUCCGCCCACGCCUUCAGACGACUCUGACUUCGAUGAUGAUGAGGAUCCGGACAAUUUGGAAGUUCCAGGCGGCGGUAAGACCCUGGCAGCGGCGGCCCGGAUGGGGCAGACGGGCGCCAAGGUGAAGGGAACCCCGGCCCCCGUGCAGGUCACCGUUAAACCCACCACUAAUCCGUUGGCUGCGGCGUCAGGACUAGCGUUCGGACAAGCGGCCAACGUCAAGCCUAUCAAGAUAUCCGCCAGCCAGAUCACCAAGCCUCUCAACAUGGGAAUGGGGCGCGGCAUGGAAAUGGUGGGCACCAUGCCCGGCAUGAACUCGUACCUGCUACAAAACCUGAACCAGAUACUGGCGUCCGGCAUGGGAGGGCCUCUGGCGGGCAUGCUAGGGCAGUUUGCACAGCUACCACCCUGGGGGCAACCCAAGGCCGCUGGCAUGUGGCAGCCUGAUAAGAUGCCCGGAGACGAAGAAGAAGUCGACGAUGAAGAGAUGGGAGUCGCUGAAACAUACGCAGAUUAUAUGCCUCCAAAAUUAAAACUCGGCCGCAAGCACCCCGACCCAGUAGUCGAGACAGCGUCACUAUCCUCCGUGGAGCCGGUGGACGUGACGUACAAGCUCAGCCUGCCGGACGAGACCAUCCGCAACGGGCUGCUGUCGGCGCUGCAGCUGGAGGCCGUGGUCUACGCCUCGCAGGCGCACGAGCACAAGCUGCCCGACGGCUCCCGGGCCGGGUUCCUUAUCGGCGACGGUGCCGGCGUGGGCAAAGGCCGCACGAUCGCGGGCAUCAUCUUCGAGAACUACCUGAAGGGCCGCAAGCGCGCCAUCUGGGUCUCAGUGUCUAACGACCUGAAGUACGACGCGGAGAGGGAUCUGAGGGACAUCGGCGCUGGGAAGAUUGAGGUCCAUCCGUUGAACAAGUUCAAAUACGCCAAGAUCUCAUCAGCGGUCAACGGCAACGUCAAAAAGGGCGUUGUCUUCUGCACAUACUCCGCUCUCAUCGGCGAGACGCAGUCCACAAGCAACAAGUAUCGGACGCGACUUAAGCAGUUACUACAGUGGUGCGGCGAGGAUUUCGACGGACUUAUCGUAUUCGACGAGUGCCACAAGGCCAAGAACCUCUGCCCGGUGGGGUCCGGCAAGGCCACGAAGACAGGGCUGACGGCGCUGGAGCUGCAGACGCGGCUGCCGGGCGCGCGCGUGGUGUACGCGUCCGCCACCGGCGCCUCGGAGCCGCGCAACAUGGCCUACAUGGUGCGCCUGGGCAUCUGGGGCGAGGGCACGCCCUUCCCCACCUUCAUGGACUUCAUCAACGCCGUGGAGAAGAGGGGCGUGGGCGCCAUGGAGAUCGUAGCCAUGGACAUGAAACUCCGGGGCAUGUACAUCGCGCGUCAGCUGUCCUUCCACGGCGUCACCUUCAAGAUCGAGGAGGUGCCGCUGUCGGAGUCCUUCAAGGACACCUACGACAAGUCUGUCGCGCUGUGGGUGGAAGCGAUGCAGCGGUUCACAGAGGCGGCGGAGCUGAUCGACGCGGAAUCCCGCAUGAAGAAGACCAUGUGGGGACAGUUCUGGUCCUCGCACCAACGCUUCUUCAAGUACCUGUGUAUCGCCGCUAAGGUCAACCACGCAGUAGUGACGGCGCGCGAGGCAGUGAAAUGCGGCAAAUGCGUGGUCAUCGGUCUACAAAGCACGGGCGAGGCGCGCACCCUGGACCAGCUCGAGCGCGACGACGGCGAGCUCACGGACUUCGUGUCCACCGCCAAGGGCGUAUUCCAGACACUAGUGGAGAAGCACUUCCCCGCUCCAGACAGGGACCGCAUCAGUCGUUUGUUGGGGCUCGAGCCGCCGCCGCGCGCCAAGCCGCAGGUCAACGGGACCACGCACGAAGCAGACAACGCUUCCAAGAGGAAAUCAUUGUUGUACACAUCUUCUUAA